AUGUCAAACGUGUUAGCACCAUUUCAGCUUCUAGAGCUCAAUGUUAUUUCCGCUCAGGAUCUGGCACCCGUCACGCGCAACAUGCGUACCUACGCGGUCGCAUGGGUGCACCCUGAUCGCAAGCUAUCCACUAGAGUGGACACGCAAGGCCACACCAAUCCCACAUGGAAUGACAAAUUUGUUUUUCGGGUUGAUGAGGAGUUUUUGUAUGCGGACACGUCAGCAAUCAUGAUCGAGAUCUAUGCUUUGCAUUGGUUCAAGGACGUCCACGUCGGCACGGUGCGCGUGCUCGUAGGUAACCUCAUCCCGCCUCCUCCUGACCGGCCGUACCACAACAACCGCGCUCCCCUCGGGAUGAGGUUCGUGGCGUUGCAGGUCCGCCGUGCCUCCGGGAGGCCCCAGGGUAUUCUUAAUAUUGGAGUGGCGGUGCUGGAUAGUUCCAUGAGGAGCAUGCCGCUUUACACGCUCAACUCAUCCGCCGUUGGGUACCGUCACCUGAUGGGAGAAAAAGAUGCCUACGACAGCCACAACCACCUCAGUCCCCACGUCUUCAAUGAUAGCAAUAGUCGCAGAACCUCUAACGCCAAUCGCAGCUCCUCUGCGGCUCCAAUAAAGCCAGAGCUGAGGCGGACGAAGAGUGACACCAGCUCCAUGAUGGGGUCCGAAGCGGUGGUGGCUCGUAGAUCAAUUGCCAACAAGGGAAGGGCAAAUUCUGCUAUUUCUGAAUCGGUGGUUUCGGGUGCUUCGAGUCUUCCAGAAGUUGAGCAGCACGAGGAAGAUGAGACGAGAAAGAAGAAGAAUAAGGGGAGAAGGUCGAGGGGUAAUUCCGUGACAAGUGAGGAUUCACCGGAGAAGGCUAAAAGUGUAAAAUCAAAAUCUAUCCUCAGCGGUUCCUUGCCGUGGAGGCUUAAGAAGAAUAGGAACGAAGAUUCGGCUUCAAUGAUGACUGAAUCGGAGAUUCUUCAUAUUCAAGAACCUCCACCUCCAAACUUCGAAGGUGGCGACAAUGCCUUCAUGCAUCAUCAUCAACAUCAACAUCAACAGCAACAUCAUAACAACUUGAUGGAACAUGGCCAUGCGAAAGAGUACAACCAUAGCCACAGGAAUGAAAACAAUGCUAACAACCACUACCCUAACAAUAAUGAAGCUAUGUAUGCUAAUCAUCAUGAUGAUGAUGAUGUUGCUUCCUCUGUUAACACCAUUCAUGAUGAUGAUGACAUCAGACAUGAUGGACAUGUCAUCUCCAACAAUACUCAUCACCAUGAAGCACCCCCUGCCGCUUCACGAAAGCCGGAGUAUAUGCCGCCACCACCGCCACAGUUCCACAACUCGCCAGCGGCUCAAUUUCACGCUUCACCGGCGCCGCAAUUUCACGCUUCACCGGCUCCUAAGUUCCGAAACUCUCCGGCUCCCAAGUACAUGAGCUCUCCGGUUGUAGAACCACAGAUUAAGAACUCUUCGGCACCGUAUUACAUUAACUCUCCAAAACCACAGUAUAUGAACUCUCCGAAACCUCAAUACCAGAGUUCUCCGGCACAUCAGUUUUGGAAUUCGCCAAAGCCACAGUUCCAUAGUUCACCGGCACCGCAGUUUAGAAACUCACCCGCACCACAAUUUCAUAAUUCACCAAAGCCACAGUUCCAUAGCUCACCGGCACCACAGUUUAGGAAUUCUCCGGCAAUUUUACCGAAGCAAUACCGUCCCUCACCGGCACCGCAGUAUCGCGCCUCUCCGGGGAGGUUCCACCCAAUGUCGAACCGUGCAACACCAAUGCAUCCAUUCGGGUACACGCCGAGGUUUGAGUACACAACACCACGGAGGUCGAAUCUUGGGAACUUUGGACCACCGGUGGUGACGGAGUCGGAGUUGGGGCCUUCGGCGUCGGAGGUGGCGGCCGAAAUGGCGAGAAAUCCACGUGUGGACGAAGAGGGGGCAUCAACGGUAGGAGGGUGGAGUCUGGACGAGAGCGUGGAAGGGUUGGAGUCGAAGCUGGAUAGGUGGCGGACAGAGCUUCCGCCGGUGGCGGACCGCGGAGACUUCUCAAGCUUCCCAGCAACGAGCACCAGCAAGACACCCAGCCGCCGUUCGCGAAGGAACACAGACAGUGGAUUGUUCUCUUGCUUCAGCACCAUCUGCGGGGUAGAGUGCGGCAUCUCUUGUGGCAGUGAUCCUAAAGGCAAGAAGAAGAAUCAGCGCCACGGAGUUGCAAGAAGCUCUGCCUCCGCAGAUGAAACUAGCUUCCUGUGAUGAUAAUAAUUAAUUAUAUUGCAUCCGGUUUGAAGAAACUCGCAGAACAUUCUGAAGAAGAAAAGAACAAGAUUCUGAAGAGAUACCUUUGGGGAAUUGAAUAUGGUGGGAGCAAGCUUAAAGAAAUGGACUUGAUUAAAGUGCACUAACUAAUUUUUCAUUCUUUUGUUGAUGUAUUUUUUUUCUUUCUUUCUUUUUUUCAACUUUUGGGUACGUACUCUUAAUGUCUUUUUUGAUGACGAUGCAUGC